CUGUCCGGGUGGAGCUCCGGCUCCAGCCACCGGAGACCCCGAGGCGCACGGGCACCGCGCAGAAAACCGCACCGCACGCUUCGGCACCGGACAGAACUGAGCCGCAGCCCCGCGCGCCGCCCAGGACCCAUUCGCCGCCACCGCCGCCACCGCCGCCACCGCCGCCUCCGCAGCACCCAUGGGGACCUGGAGACUUUAAAGGAGUUUGGGGCUUCGGGAGCAGGGAAAUUACGGAUCCCCGCUCCUGGCCCUCGCCUCGCCGUGUCAUUGAUGGGCAACCAACUGGACCGCAUCACCCACCUCAACUACAGCGAGUUGCCCACAGGGGACCCGUCGGGGAUCGAGAAGGACGAGCUGCGGGUCGGGGUCGCCUACUUCUUCUCGGAUGAGGAGGAGGACCUGGACGAACGCGGGCAGCCGGACAGGUUUGGCGUGAAGGCUUCCCCGGGCUGUACCCCCUGCCCAGAGAGCCCCAGCCGCCACCACCACCAUCUGCUGCACCAGCUGGUCCUCAACGAGACUCAGUUCUCCGCCUUUCGGGGCCAGGAAUGCAUCUUCUCCAAAGUGAGCGGCGGCCCCCAGGGCGCCGACCUGAGCGUCUCCGCUGUCUCCGCGCUGCCCGCGCUCUGCGAGCCCGGCGACCUGCUGGAGCUGCUGUGGCUGCAGCCGGCGCCGGAGCCGCCCGCGCCCACCCCACACUGGGCCGUGUACGUGGGCGGCGGGCAGAUCAUCCACCUGCACCAAGGCGAGAUCCGCCAGGACAGCCUGUACGAGGCGGGCGCGGCCAACGUGGGCCGGGUGGUGAAUAGCUGGUACCGCUACCGCCCGCUGGUGGCCGAGCUGGUGGUGCAGAACGCCUGCGGCCACCUGGGCCUCAAGAGCGAGGAAAUCUGCUGGACGAACUCGGAGAGCUUCGCCGCCUGGUGCCGCUUUGGCAAGCGGGAGUUCAAAGCCGGAGGGGAGGUGCCGGCCGGCACGCAGCCGCCGCAGCAGCAGUACUAUCUCAAGGUGCACCUGGGGGACAACAAAGUCCACACGGCCAGGUUUCACAGUCUGGAAGACCUCAUCCGCGAGAAGCGCCGCAUCGACGCCAGUGGCCGCCUGCGAGUGCUCCAGGAGCUCGCCGACCUGGUGGACGACAAGGAGUAGCCGCGCUCCCUUCCCGUCCCCGCACCCCGCUCCCUCCCCGUCCCCGCACCCGGGCUUCGCGCGGCGGGUGAUUCGCGACCUCCGCCCCCGUCGCGCGUCCGCCGCCAGUGGCCAGUGUCCAGGCUGCGCCCUCGCACCCCUCUGGCAAGGGGCAGGAAGUCUCAGGAGCUGACCCCGGGACUGAAAGGACGCAGCCGCGCGCGCCUGGCUCAGAGCCCCAGUGGUGGUGACGGUGUUGGGGAGACCCAGCGUGCGCUUUGUCACUGAGUUGUAAAGGGAGGGGGGAGAGAAAGGGCUGAGGGGAGCAGGGACAUGGCCUCCCCCGCGAGUCAAUGGUCAGUGACCUAUCACCGACUGGGAAAAUACCCUUUACUAAAAAGGGACCAUCACCGCCCCAAAUGCGCACACCCAGAUCGGUCGGAGGCGAGAAUUGGUCUUUGCAGGGCACAAUUCCGUUCUUGUAUGGAUGUGUCCCCAGAUCGCAGGAUUUCCAAGAAAUCGAGGCUGUCCCUUGUGCACUUGUGAAUAAUUCCACAAGAGAGCACUUUGGGACUCCGGGUUAUCCUGAGGCUGCCCGGACUUUCCCAGCUCUUCAGCCCCAGGUCUCCUGACACUGUAUUGCAGGCUCCGGGCUAAGCUAGACACUGUUUGCUUCCUGUUCUUUCCAGCGAGGGAAGCGAACGUCACCCCCACCCGCAUUCGCCUGCGCUCCCUCGGUGGCAGAGGGGACCCUUCCCCGGACCGGGAGGGAAAUGGCGCAGCUAAUUCGGCGAGCAGAGCCGGCCCCGCCCCCCGACAGGCGAUCGUCCACCUGGUGUCUGUAAACUUGAACGUGUGAAGGAGGAAGGAAGCUUGUUCUUAACCCUUGAUUGCUCCCAACUCAGGCUGCAUUUCAAAAAUAGUCAUAUUUUUAAAGGGGUUGGAGGAGAGGAAGGGCGGGGGAGGGACAGGCAACAUUCCAGAAACCAGCAUUAUUACAGCACCAUAGCCAGUGUAUUUAGUUUGGCUUUUCCUAACAUAGAAAUCUUAGAAGGUGGAGAGUGGAAAUAGAGUUUUAAAAAAGAGAGAGCAGUUUUCCAGCUAUGUCAACAAAGCCUAUCGUGUUGAUGUUUUUAUUGACCAUUUUAGCAACAUGCUAAUAAAAUUUCAAAUUGAAAUUUU